UGUGAGAGAGAGAGAGAGAGAGAGAGAGAGAGAGGGACAGAAAGAGUGGAGGGAGGGGCAGAGGACAGGAGAGGUGUGUGCAGUGGAGGCAGAGGGGUAGGAGGGAUGGGUUGUGAGGAGAGGCAGAAAAUCCUCAUCCUGUGGGGCUGCAAUGAGAGACCAGGAAAGAUAGGGGUACAGAGAGAGAGAGAGGAGAGAGAGCGAGAGAGCACCAGAGAGUGAGAAAGAGAACCGAGGGAGGGGAAAAAGAGAGAGCAGUUUGUAUCUGCAGCACUGCAAGGACAAACUGCUCAGACUGAGGAGAAGAGCAGAACACACUCCACACGCAGAAGCUGCCAGCCUGAGGAAAGCCCUGGUGCUUUGAAUACAAUACGAGCGCAAUAAUGCUAACAACGAUAAGAAGCUGAGACUGGGGAGAACACGCUGAGGCUGAAGGACUACAGCAUAACAGCAACUUCAGAUCAAAGAGGCGGGGAUCCCGGGCGAAGGGGGCUCGUGCCCAGAGGAGGACUGGACUGGAUAAGACUGUAAACUGUGCUGCACUGUUGUGAGCUUUGCUGUGCUUCAGUGCACAGUGUUAGUCUACUUCAGCACACCGUUGAGGGUUGUCCUGUGUGGCUCCCGUGUCGUAGAGCAGUACUGGGUUGUCGUGUGUUGUGCUGUACGUUGAUGUGUUAGAUUUAGCGUUGGUGUCGAAGCUCCUGACUGUGACUGUGACUGGGAAGGGACUGUGACUGAGACUGGAACCGGGACUGGGACUGGGACUGGGACUGUAACUGGGACCAUGAGCGGGAGCAAGAAGAGCGAGCUGGAGCUGAGGGACAAGGCCAUCCUCCACCAGCAGAGGCGGCUGAAGCAGGCCACGCAGUUCUCCCACAAGGACUCGGCUGACCUGCUGCCCCUGGACGGGCUCAAGAGGCUGGGCACCUCCAAAGACCUGCAGCCACACAGCAUCGUGCAGCGGCGCCUCCUGGAGGGCAACAUCACGCGGCUGCGCGGGGAGACCUGCGACGCCGCCACCAGGGUGCGCUCUCCCCUGGCGGACAGCAAGGAGGGCGGGGAGGCGGAGGAGAAGAGCGAGAGCACGGCCGAGGACUCCACGGAGGAGAGGGAGUCCCCGGAGGAGAGCGAGAGGAGCCUGAAGUCUGAGGAGGAGGAGGAGGAGGAGGAGGAGGAAGAGGAAGGGAAGAGGACGAGUGCCGAGGAGAAAGGCGUGGCGGGGAAGGGGUCGGAGGGGAAGCAGCCGGAGGACAGACUGGGAGUGGACGAGACCGACAGAGCCCUGACCCUGACGGCCUUGGUGGUACGAUGCAAGUGCUGUGAAGCAGAAGUGAAGGCCUCUAUCAACACUGGCUGCCAACAUAACAGCAUUUCCUCUUCCUGCUGCAGGAGACUCGGGCUGGUGCCCGCUCCAGAAGGGCAAGCUUAUGAGCAGACAGUGGGUCACCGCCCGGUCGGGAGCACCAGGCUGCCCCGCACGGUGGAGGGCUUGCAGCUGCAGCUGGGCAGGGAGAGGACGCAGUGCUCGGCCUGUGUUGUGGAAGACGAAGUGUUUGAGUUAACUCUUGGCCUCCAUACACUGCUGGAACUCAAAUGUUGUGUGGACCUCAGUAGCCGAGUUCUGAGGCUCGCUGCUUCAGGAGAGGAGCUGCCGUUCCUGGACAUGCAGACCGAGGUCCAGUUUCACCAUGACAACAACAAAAACACCACCAUGUGACCCCCUGUCGCACACUCUCUAUUUCUCUGUCGCUGGUGGCACUGCCCCCCCCCCCACUUCCUGUCUCACAUGGCCAGCUUGGUGGCGGUCAUCACUUUCUCUUCACGUGACACAAACAUGUUUGUUUCGCUAAGAUUAUUUAUGCUAUUUUCAUGUUUCUUAAAUUUCUUCUCGUCUGUCUUUUUCCUGUAUUAAACACGUUUCUAUUGGUGGAUGUGAUGGAGAGGUCAAGCGAGGAACAUUUUCUAUGUGUCAAUCUUUACAAAUGUGUAUUUAAAUGAAGAGAGCUCACUACUAGUAUUUUCUAAAAAGGUCUUUACUCAAUCUGUUCGUAUGCACGAUAAAAAUGUUGAUGCCUCAUAGCAGUCACACUCCUCUCUGUCUGUAUCUGCCUGUGUUUCUCAUGUCUGUGUCCUACACUCUCAAAAAGGUAUGAAAAGUGGCUAAAAAGGUACUAAAGCUUGUCGUUGGGGUGGUACCCCAUAACCCCAUAACGUAUACCCCUUGCCAUUGGACUAAUAAUAGAUUUGUUUUUGUUUGUAAAAGGUAGUUAUUUCUACAAAAAUGGCAGUAUUCUGGGAAAUGUGUUCCUUAAAGAACAAAUGUACCUCCACUGUUUUUUCAAAAGUUUAAGAGAUGUGCGGUGUGGCAAGGCUUUGUACCACUAGCAGGUGAAGGAAAGGAUGGAAAUAUUACAUGGUCUGUCCAAAUAAGAGCAGAAAUCAGAACAUCAGCUUGAUGAUAUCUAGUGUUUAAUAUCUCAGAUUAAAUAGGGGGCCUGUGUGUAGGUCUUUAGUAUUUGUGUCAGACUGUACAGUAAACAAACACAACAUUCCACAUCCUGUCACCAGUGCAAAAGAGCAGGUUCUGCAUGCUUUUUAAGGUUUGGGUGUCUGUUUGUAUGUGUGUGUGUGUGUGUGUGUGUGUGUGUGUGUGUAAGUGUGUGUGUGUGUGUG